AUGGCUUAGUAAAUAUAUUAUAAAAAUGUUUGAAUUUAUUAAAUAACUCUUACUGAAUAUAAUAAUAGUAUACACAUAUAGAGCAAAAUAACACCACAAAUUUUAAACAAAUGUUUUAUUGGUAAAUAGUUUUCCAAUUUUAGAUAAAUACAUUAUAUUUUUGUUAAUUUUAGUCUUAUCACAUAUCUUAAUAGAAGAUUGAAUUCAGUUUAAAUUUAAUGUAGCCAUUAGCCAUAUUUUUAUUGUUAUCUUUUGAAAUCAAAUAUAUUUUUGUUAUUUAUAGUACUUGGAUUUUCUUUAAUACUUAUUUAAUGUGCCCAUAUUUUUGUUGGCAUAUAAAAUUAUAAUAUUUAUUUGAAUUAAUUAAUACAGCCUUCUACAUUUUGGUGUAAUUAUUUUGAUAGCAGCAUUUUUACUAUAAGUUAUUUUAUAUUUUAUACAUACUAUAAGCACUACUCACAAAUGAAUGGUCAACUAAUAAUAUCUAAUGAAUAAUCAUUAUAGAAUUAUCAUUAUAUUACAAUAAUUUUAUAUUUGUUCCAAUGUCAUGAAUGUUUACUUUAAUUACAUAAUGCGAUUUGACAGUUAAGCAAACAAUAUUCAUUGCCAUUAUGUUUAAAUACCUUAUUUCAUUUCUAUAUAUGUAGAAAUAAGGUUUUAAAGUGACAUCAUAAAUAGUUUAUGUACCACAUAACAUUUAAUUUUUGGCAAAAUUGAAUAAAAUGUAAUGUUAAUUUGAAAGUUAAACAAAAAUUAAUUUUUAAAUUAUUGAGCCAAUCUUUACAUAUGAAGCUAUUGUAUUAUCUACUUGUGUUAUAUUUCAUUUUGACCUAAACUUAUCGAAUUAUUUCAGAAUAAGGCAGUCACAUUUUAUGUUGUCAAGCAUAUCAUUUAGCAGCAAAUGGGAAUUUAGCUGUCAUGUUUAUGGAUUAGUUUGCCAGCAGUUCUAUCGAAACUCAAGCUGGUUUACAUUAAAAGUAAAUAUUUUAUUAUACAAAUAGAGGUUAGCAUGAUUAUUAAAAUAUCAAAUAUAAUAAAACAAAUUGUUCUAGAUUAAUGCUCAAUAAAAUAUAAAAAUUAAAGUAGAUAAAUAAAAAUAAACACAAUAUAUGGGUCGUAAUAUAAAAUUAACCUAAAUACAUUUAAAUUAAUAUUUUAUAGAAAAUUCACAGUUAGCAUUUUAUAAAUAUAAUUUGAAAGAAUGAUAACAAAUACUUAAUAAAAACUUGUUGCUAAUGACAAUCUUUUUUUGAUUUUCUUUUUUUUCUCUAAUAUUAAUGAUUAUUUCAAAAAAUUACCACCCAGAGAACAUUUCCUUUCAGAAGAAUGCUACUCUUGAUAAUCAAAGUAUACUUUCUGGUAGAAAUGUUUACAUCAAAAAUAAAAUAAAUAUCUUUGUAUAAUCAUUCCUUGUUCGACUCACAAUUUAAAAUUAUUUAAAACAUAAUUUAAAAAAAAAAGUAUAUAAUCCCAGAUAACAAAAUGUAUAAUAUACUAUUGUUAACAGUAAUAUUUCAUUUUAAAUGAUUAAUAUUAUUUAAACAUAAGUAGAUAAUUGAAAAUAACCAGGUAUGGGUUGUAACAUAAAUUAACCUAAACCUACUUAAAUUAAGAAAAGUAAAGUAAAGUUUGUUCUGUUCAAUAUUUUUCUUUUUUUCUUUUUAUUUUCUUUUUAAAAUUAAAAAUAAAAAUAUUAUUUUUAGAAAAUUAACAGUUAAUGUUUUAUGAAUUUAUUUUGAAACAAUGUUUUGUUGUAGAGAUAUUGACUUUUUAUUAGAGCUAGGAUUUUAAUGACCUAUAUAAUACACUAAAAAAAUACUUGUUGUAUUUUCACCCUCCAGAAUAGCAGAUAUAUUUUUAAAACUUUGAACUUAUUAUUUUUCAUCAAAACAUUUUUCAGUUUGAUAUUAUUUCUCUGAUUACAUUAGGAGCAUGGAACAAUGUAGUCUCAAUUUGUUUUAUUUUAUUAAUAGAUUCUGAUAAUAAGAUUCCAGAAGCCUCCAGCUUUUUUAUUUCUGAAGGAAUGAAACCAAAAUUAGAUUUUAUAUAAAGUAGAUUAGCCUCUAAAUCAUGAUUUAAUUCAAGUUCAACUUUUUUUUACAUAAAAAAAAUUCUCACAAUAGUAAUUUACAGCAUUUAGCCAGAAUCCCCAUCCCGUGAUUACAGGUUUGAGUGGCAAAGGAAUUUCUGGAGCAAGUGUUUAAACAUUUCUGUAGGAUAUGGUGAUUUUAAAUAUAAUUUUUUAUGCAACUUAUAAGUUUAUUGACAUCUUGAAAAUUUGAUCAUAUUUCUUCUGCAACUCUAUGAAUUGCAUGGAAUCACACAGGUUAUAUGCACCAUUUUUAUAUACAGAGUGCAAAUAGCUCUUCCUGCUUUCACCAUAUAUGAGGCAGCAUCAGAUACAAAAAUGAGGACAUUAUCAUGUUUUAUUCCUUCAGGCCAUAAUGUAAUCAUAGCUUUGUCAAAUGCUUUUGCAAUGGUUGAAUUUUGUUAUUUCCAAGACAUCAGAAUAUAACAAAAAUAUUUUUCCUGAAUUUUCUGCUUCCAGGGUACCAAUAAUGAUAUUUACUACAUAAUGGCCUUCAACUUCUGUCGUUUCAUCUACACUAACCCAAAUUUUUUAUCAGCUAUAUACUGUCUAAUAUUUCGUAUUGUAUUUAAAUAGCAUUUUUUAACAUAAUUUUUACGCAAUGUAGACUCAUCUGGGAUUUUAAAUUUUAUAUUUUUUUCAAAAAAUUUUGUUAUUUAAUUUAGCAAGUGGAAGGAGCUGCUAAUAAUGUUUCACAAAGCUCUAAAUUAAAUGAUGAUUCAUCACUAUUAUGUGUAAAAUUAGAUAAUAGUCCUUGAUUAUUUUGUUUCACUUCAUUCAGUUUUCGUUGAAUUACACAAACAUGCUUAUCACUGAUGAAUUGUAAAUUUCUUUUCGGAGGCACCUGCAACAUUACAAACUUUACAAAAUAGCCACAUACCUUCCAUAGAAAAAAUAUCAGCUCAAAACUAUGUUAACGGUUUCCUACUGUUGACUUAAUUUUUGACAUUUUAAAGUUUUAAUAUUAGCUGUAAUAUAUUAUUUGUUCAGUAUUGUGUACAGUUAAGAUCAGUGUAGAACUACAUAGGUAUUCAGUAAAAAAAGUUACUAUAUGGGUCUAUAUCCAAUAAGAUAAAUCGUCAAUUAAUUAUAUUACUUUUUAAAUAUCAAUGAACUGGAGUAGGUAAUUCCCUAUAGGUAUUAAUUGGGAUUACCUUUACAAUUCAUAUUAAAAAAGCUUAAAAUACACAAAAUGAUCGUAAUAUUUAUAAUACUACAUAAAAUGACCUUAAAAAUGCAAUAAAAUGUAUUUAACACAAAAAAUGCAAAAUAAAAAUUACAUAUUCUAAAUUGUUAUAUUACGAAAUAAAUUUAGUUUUUGGUUAGAAUUGUAUAGUCACCAUAAUCCUAGCUCUACUUAUUAUGAAUGUUAUUUUUCUACAAUAUUUGGAACUAUAUAAUACUUUAAAUUGAUCUUAUAAUCACUAAUGAAUAAUAUCAAUUUAUUCACCAAAAUUUCCAUUAAGAAAAUAAUUUUGUUAAAUAUUUAACUUUACAAAUUUAUAGAAACUUCAUAAGUAAAUUUAUUGGAUUCAUCAUAAGUUAAUAUCUGCAAUACUUAAGAUUUGUUUUAAAAUUAUAUUUAUAAAAUGCAUAAAUGAUUUUGUAAAAACAAUUAAUUAUGUUUAGUUUAAAUAUCAAAUAGAGAAAUUAUUACAAUGAUUAAAACUAUAAAAUAUUGAACAGAAAAAGAGUUAUUUCUGUAUCAACUAUUUGUGUCAAACCCUGUACAACUGUAUAUACUCCCAUAAAUACACUAAUUAUUAGAAAAAGAACAAAAAAGAUUUGUUGUAUUAUAAAAGUCAGUAUAGGUUUUAAUUUAAAAAAACUCAUGAACAUAUAAUAGAACAAUAAAAGCUGAAAAAUUGAAUACAAAAUCUAUAUGAGGAAUAUAUAUAUAUAAUUGCUAACUAAAANUCAAAAUAUACUUUCUGGUAGAAAUGUUCACAAAAAAAAAAUAAAUAUCUUUGUAAAAUCAUUACAUUCCUUGUUUGACUCACAAUUUAAAAUUUUUUAAAGCAUUAUUAAAAAAAAAAAAAGUAUAUAUUCCCAGAUAACAAAAUGUAUAAUAUACUAUUGUUAACAGUAAUAUUUCAUUUUAAAUGAUUAAUAUUAUUUAAACAAAAUAAAAUGACUUUUAUAUUCUUAUUAAAAUUAUAAAUUAUUUAUUUUGUCAGUAUUACUUUCAUAUCUAAUAAUAAACUGGUUUGUCCAAAUUUUAUUAUUUUUGAUGUUUUCAGUCAACAUUUCAAUCUGUUGAUAUUUCAUACCUUUUGGUUUUUUGAUUUUGGAUUUUUAAUUUUAUUUAUUGUUUCAAAAUAUGUAUCUUUUAGUUUAGUGAAGUAAUAUACCUAUUAUUUGUUAUUUGUUUGAAAUUAAAUUACAAGGAAAACAAUACUUAUCUCAUAUUUUAUACAAAUAAAAAUAAAAUAUUUCACUGAAAUAAUCAUUUAUUAGCUUAUUAGAAGACUAUACAUUAGAGUGUGUAUUAAAAUACUUUCACUAAGAGUAUCUUUCUGGAACUUCAUGUUUGUGGUCAGUGAGCAUGUUUUUCCUCUGUUCAUAAAUUAAUAACAAAUUCACAAAUCUAUUCAGAGAUUACAUAAACUGAAACUAUUUUAUAGUUUCAGUUAAAUAAAAAUACAAACAAUUUCAUAGGUACAACCCAAUAUUCCUGGCGAAUCACAGUGGUAAAUAAAGCUAUUAGACAUUUCUGUACUUAGUCUUAUUCGUUAAUAUACCUUAUGAUAAAUUACUACAUAUAUACACCCAACAAAUUUGUUUUUGAAGCGGCUGUUUCGUAGGAUAACUCAGAUGGUAGUUCAUAAUUAAUUAUUUCACUACUUUUUUUUUAUUUAAUAAGUCAUUUUACUAAUUUUGGCUGCGUUUACGUGUAUAGUUACUGGUGGCUCGCUCUGGUGUUUUGUUUUUUCGGAAAUCAAAUCAUGUUAAUACGGUAUUAUAUUCAUAAAUCUAACACUAUUCUAACACUUUUUAUGUCUUCCAACAUACAAGUUAUCAAUAAUAAUUGCUUCAAUUUAGUUUAUACUUACCGUAUGAAAUUUACAAAAAUAAUAUCAGUGUAAACUGUACUUAAAUUGUGACCUCAUGAACCGAUUAGACAUUAAUAUCUCAAUAGUAUACUUGUCUGUACUUAUUCGAUUUGGNAAUAUGAUAUUUAAAAAAAUUAUUUAAUAUAAUUUUAAAUGGGGAAUGAUUCUUAAAAUUCAAAUUCAACUUUUUUUAUUGUUUUAAGAUUCUGAAUGCUGCUAGGAGUGUAACAUUAAAUGGAUGUUUCGUCCCUGUAACAAUGGACUAUAAUAUGUUGGGCUUGCUUUCUAAAAUAUUUAUUAAUUAUAGUACUAAUAAAAAUUUUAAAAAUUUAAGAAGCAAUAGAGAAUCUUCAUGUUUUUUAAAUUAUGUAUUCAUUAUUGUAGUAUUGUAUAGGAAUUAGGUACCAAUAUUUAAUUAUUAUUAUAAAUGCAAUUGGAAGUGAGUAAAUAUAUUAUUAUAUUAAAAAGUAUUUUUGAUGAUUUAUGAUAUAAGGAGACAUUCUUAUAAUAUAAUACAUUUUGAAAUAUAAAACCAUAAUAAAAAUUAUAAUAUACUGACCACAGAAGCCAAAUAAAUAAUCAAAACUGCGUACAAAUCAAAUUACGAAAAAAUUAGUUGUGGCUUGAUCCCUAUUCCUGCUCCUAAUUCUGGGCCAAAACUUACUUCUUUAUCCUAUUUAUAUAUUGCAAUAUUUUUUUCUGUCAAACAUCAACCGAUGUUUUUCUUCUUUCCGACUUCGAAAAUUUUCAUGAUAUUUGUUUGAAAAUGUUUAAUUUAGACCCUUCCCAUUACAUGAAUGCACCUGGCUUUGCUUUUGAUUGUAUGUUAAAACAUUCUAAUAUCAAGUUUAAGAAGCUACAAGAUUAUGAAAUGCAAUUAGUGCUUGAGCAAGGUAUAACGUGGAGGGAUUUAUCAUUCUGUAAAAAAGUAUGCCAAUGCUAAUAAACCUAAUGUAGGAAAUUACGAUGAACACAAACCAAAUACAAAGUUAACUUAAUUGGAUUGUGUUAAUCUUUACGGUAAAUCAAUGCUAGAACCGUUACCUCAGUCAAAUUUCCAAUGGUAUGAUGAUUUGACAACAAACAUAAUGAAAUUUGAGGACAAUGCCGAAUACGACUAUAUAUUAGAAGUCGACAAAGACUACCCCAAAAACCUUUAUAAAACUCAUUACAAAUUUUGUUUUUUUCUAAAAAUACAUGUCCACCAAAUUCUAAAGUCCCGAAACUUUUAACAACGCUGACUCCCAAACAAAAUUAUAUCAUGCACUAUCGUAAUUGAAAGCAAACCAUCGCUAACGGCAUUAAUGUAACAAAAGUUCAUAGAAUUAUCUGUUUCAAGCAGUCGAAAUGGAUGGCUCCGUAUAUCGAAUUAUGUACUAGUAUGAGUGUUAAGUCCGGAAAUGAAUUCGAACGAAAUUAUUAGAAACUUAAAGUGAAUAGCGUUUUUGACAAGUACUGAAUAAAUACCCACACAUGGAUUAAAUAUAUAAUAGUUUAUUUAAUCUAUGCCUCAAGCGAAUAAAGAAACAUCCUAUCACUUGAACACUUACCAUUCCUCAUUCCCGCAAAUUAAACCCGCGUUAUUGAUAAUAAAACAAACGGUUUUUAUCAGUACCUGCCUACCUGCAAUAAACGACACAAUUACGUUAUUAGCAAUGGCUAUUUUAAAAUAUAUACCCAGGUAUUAAUGAUUUAAAGUGGACAUAAUAAUAUAAUAUAUUAUGUUUCAGCAUUUGCUCAAAUUGAUAGUAGUCGCCAGUCAUAGUUAGUAGCAGCAUUAACUAAGGCCUAUUUUCUCAAUUUCCAGUUAAACUAACAGUGAAGAAACUUGGAAGUAACACUAUUAGUUAUAUCUGAGUGUCAAUUUAUGAAGGACUUUUUAAGUAUAAGAUAGUUAUCCGGAAUAUAUUGAUUUUAUCAAGGAGGUUUGUCUAAUCUUCCAGGGUUAUAUAAUUUUUAUUUUGUGACAACGACAGAUAUCUAUUAUUAACUAAAUUUGUCAUUUUAAUUGUACUUUUAAUUAAUACUGAACAGUUUAACAUUGCGAAAUUUCUAUUUUAUUCAACUUUUUCAUUUAUUGAUGUGAAAAAAGUAUGUCUGAGAAAGAUAGAAAGAAGCAAAGUUAUUUUGUAUAUGCAGAAAUUAUGCAGAAACUGUAUCGUUUAUUCCAAAGAAAGGUAUUGAUAAGAACCGUUUGUUUUAUUAGCGAUAUAAUUUUUUUUUUUUUUACUAUCUGGUCUAACUGGCCUUUAAUCUACUACUGAUGAUGGACAUUCAUAAUAUUAAUUUUGACGACCAAUAAGAAGCGGCCGAACUAAGCACUAGACGGAAUCUGGUGAGGAGUGUAUGUAUCAGUAAAAAUGCGAUUUAUUUUGUCCUGAGUAUUAUAAUUGUCUAUGACUGUACCCCUCUCAUUGCAGAGAUUAUUCUCUCGUAUUACAAGACAUUUAUUUUGCCACGUAACCACGUGUAAGACUAAUAUUUUCUACGUUAUUAUCAUUAUUAUAAUUAUUUUCAUUCAUCAAUCAUACUGAAUCGUGACCGGUAACCAUGAAAGCGACAUCUUCGUCAUCGUUCAAACAAUCUCACUUGUUGCUGGUAUUUUUGUUUGUAUUGGCCGUUAGCAAAGCUGAGAACCCAUAUGUCACAUCGGAUGGACGAAGUACGUAAAGGCGAAUAAGUAGGGGACCAUCCCUUCUGUUCGAUAGUAUUUAAGCUAAAAAUAUAUUUUUCACCUAUUAAAUCCUUUGAAUUCUUACUAAAUGCUUUAGUUGGUACUUUGUUCUAUGAUCAUAUUAUAAUAUAUUUGGGAGGCAUUUAAAAUCCAUGAAUAAAACUAUGUGAAGUUCAAACAAAAUCAUACAUCUUAAUAUUUCUCUUCCCAAUGUUUAGUAUCUAGAAGAUUUCCUUAAGAGUUUUGAAAUGUUGUUAAUGAUUUUCAAUACUUAUGGAACAAGUAAACUUAACUUAGUUAUCGUUGGCACAAAUGGUUUUCGCUCAAAUGUUAAAUUGAUUUUGACCUCGUUGGCCCUUUUAAUUAUUAAAAUUUUGGUGCUGGUAUUUGGACUUGUAUUCUAAUUUAUUAUUGAAAUUUCGUGAAGCUCAUUCCCCAAUUAUACUGUUUAAAAACCUCCCUCUUUAAAAUACUUAACUCCGUGCCUGUAUAAAAGCAUAAGCACUUUGUACAUAGAUUCACCUGGACUUGAGUACUCAUCAUAAUAUGCUAAGGAGCAAAAUAUCUGUUAGAUAACACCAUAGCUACCAAAAAAUUUAGAAUAUGUAUAAUAAUAUAGUUUUUUUUCUUUAUCUGUAAAAAUAAAAUCAUUAAAUAUUAAAAAUUACUAUUUCAGAUUAAUUCAAUUGAUUCUAAGUUAAACUGAUUUUUGUUUAAUAACAGUUUUAGAUUUAUAAUAAUUAUAAAUAUACUAAAGUUGAUAUUAAUUUUUAAAAAUAUCAAUAUUAUUUAUUGUAGUUUUGGAAAAUCCAUUUACUGAAUACUUACUACUUUCUGUACUUCAUUAACUUUCAUAUAUCUAUUAUGUCCCUCUUUUUGAAAUGUUCACUACAAACUUUUCACUGUUAUUUCACAAUUGUUAUUGGCAUAACAAUUUUAUUAUCCUCUCUUUGAUAAUUAAUGAAUUUGUUGGGACACCGUAUCUUGAUAUUGUCAAUGAAUGACUAUUUGUUACAUAACAUUUAACAGUCAUAAUCAUUUGUUUUAUGUUUUGUUUGGUAUAAUACUAUUUUUUUAGUCUGAGAGUUUUAAAAAUUAAAACUCAAAGAUCAAAGUAAAUUAACUUAAAAAAAAAAAGAAGAAAUAAAAUACCACCAGAUAAAAAUAUUGACAACUGGAUAUGUGUCUAAUAGAUGAAGAAGAACAUUCAGAAAUAAUUGCCUAUUCUAUAUAAAUUAUUUUAAUUUGUAAUUUAUUGUUAACUAAGCAUCAUCAAAAUAAAUUUCUAGUUCAAAUUAUAUAGUGUAUAAAAUAUAUUAUUAUGUUGAAUAUUUCGUCCAAUUUAAUGUCUUUUAUUUAUAUUAUUUUAAAUAUGAACUGUGAAUUUAAAGCAAAUAAAUAUAUAUAUUUUAAAUUUAUAUAUAUAGGUUCUGUAUUCUUGUAGCAAAUCAACUAAAAAAAAAAUAUAAUGGGUACAACAUGUGGAAGGAAAUAACUCCCUUCCGUAUGCUACUGUAUAUGAUAUAGGUAGGUAAAAACUCAAAAGCACGUAUCAAAAGAUCACAUCACUAGGUCAAAACUAAAACGUCCAAAAAUAAAUUAAUAUUAAUAUAAUUAACAUAACACAAUAUAUAUAUUUGUAAUCCCAUCAAUCAUGGCUACUUACAAUAAGAACUAAUAAUAUUAUUUAAGUAUCUAUACUUAUUGUUCUCUGAUUAAUAUUUAUAAUUUAUUUUCUUAUGAUAUUUGUUUAUAGCUAUUUUGAAGGAACCCAAUCGGCUGGAACACAAUAUAUGCAUUUCAAAUGAUGACUCUAAACUAACAGGUACCUAAAGCAUAUUAAUUGGUAGUCUUGUAAAAUAUUUGAAUAAAUGUAUUAAAAUUAGAAUAUAGAAAAAAUGUUCGAAUAUGUAUUCUAAAUUACUUGUAUUUUUAGUCACUAAAGACAUACUUUUCAUUUAAAACUAAGAAUAGUUUAAAAUUAGUAAUCUAAAUUUUAAAUCGUAGAUUUUUACAGUAAAAUUAUGAACAUGGUAUUUAGUUUUUGUUUUUUAUUGAAAUAUAAGAAUUUGCUAAUUAAGAAAAUAAUUUGUAUAAGUAUUGUAUUAUCAGUUAAAUUACAUUGGAAGAGAUUAUAUUAUAAAAAUAAUUAUAGCUAUGAAUUUAAUUUAUGAUUAUUUCUGGUUGAACACUAUUUUAUUAUUUUAUACCACACCUAAGUACACCUGGAAGUAUUAGUUCUUUUAUUUUAAGGGAUAUAAUUUAUUUUUUUAAAAAAAAUUUUCUUUUAAGUAAAUGUAUAAAUAAUUAACUAAUAUGUAAAAGUAAAUAAAUAAAUGUGGUAGAAUAUAUAAAAACAAAUAAAGAAAUACAUAGAGAAAAAAAAUUAUACAAAUUGGUAAUUUUACAUAAAAUAAUUUAUUUUAUAUUUUUAAUUGUAUAUUUAUUUACAAGUAUUAACCAUUUAAUAAUUUUGUUUUUAUUUUAUUAUUUUGUUACUUUGAAAUGUUCAAAAAUUAUUAUACUGUAGUACUCUAUGGUUAGGGUCAGAAUAAAAACAUUAUCCUAUUUGGCUACAAAUGUUUAUACUGUUCGCAACAAACAGCAUAUUUAUACAUGUUGCUUGAAUAAGAAAUAUGAAAUGUUUGGUUUUUCUUAUUGAUAAAUCAUAAAAUCAAAGCAUUUCACAUUUUAUAAAUAAUACUUUUUUAGCUCAUAAAAAUUCUCAAACAUUUUUUGGGCAACCACACAGACAAUAUCAUAAACAAUAUCAUAUACAAAUAUUUUUGUAUAGUUACAAAUUAUUUAAUUAUUUUUCAAUUUUAGUUAAUUUAGAUUUCAGCUCUAAACCUGUGGAGGCUCAGUUUUUUUAAAUUUCUAUCCACUACUGCCGUCAUUUAUUAUUGAAUAUAAUUAAGUUUUUUGUAAAAUCCUGUUUUCCAAAUCUCAGGGCAGGCUCACAUUGUUAACUAUGCUAAUUAAAAACAUGAGAGGUCACCUCCUAAAAGUUUGCUAACUUAACCUAACCUGUACAUGACCUUGAACUAGUGGCCAAUUAAUUACCCUGUAUUAUAAUCAUACACCUUCUCAAGUUUCUAUAUAUAAAUAGAAUAUUAUUAUUAUCAUAAUUUUUUUUCAUGUAUUUUAUUUAUUUUUGAUACCUUUUUUUUUGAUUUUAGGUGAAUGUGUUAGUUCUACCAAAUGCAAACUACACGGCAGAAUAUCUGGUUGGGUUAUACAGUUUGUUGUAUUUGUAUGUAUAAUAAGUAUAAUAAUAAUAACCUUACACAUGUGUGUGUUUAUUUUUAUCAAGACUGGUUUAUCAAUUAUCAAUUGGUGGUUUUCAGUGGAUAUUAUUAUUAUUAUAAUCUAUAUAUGUAGAUUGUAGAGUAUAGAUACUAUAGAUAUACUUAUAUAAUUAGUAACCUACAGUAUAGAACAAUGGUUCCCAAACUUUUUAUAUCUAGCAUUCUUAAAAUAACUAAACAAAAUUGAUUUUAUUUAAGUAUUCAAACCUUGUUAUUUUAAUGACAAAAUAAGUAAACUGUAAAUUUUUUUUUAGUUAUAAUUUAAAAUAUUUAAAUUUUAUAAAGAAAAAAUAAUAAUCAUUAUUAUUUAUUGUUGAUAUAAACAAUUUACUUGUUUUCUGUUUAACAAAUUGACUGCCAUGAGUACCUUAUUUGCUAAGUUUAUACCCAAGACUUUCAUAUUUUAGAUUCUCAAAGAUGGUUUAUUAUUGCUAUUAAUUUUUUUUAUCUAUGAACAAUUCUUCUAAAAGAAAUUUCCUUUUGAUUUUCAAGUUUAGCACUUUUUCCGAAAUUAAAUCUGAAUAGGGUGGUACUUUAGGGAGGUAAUUUUUUGAUUUUUCUAGGAGUUUUUAUAAUAAUAGAAAAUAAACACUAAAAUUGUUGGCAAUUUCAAGAUAUCCAUCUUAAACGUUAUUCCAAAAUCCUAAAAUUAUGUUGUUUAAUUUAACUAUUCUCCCUCUGUAGUUGUGAAAUUUGAUAAUAUAGGUAAAUUUUUAAUUGGAGUAUGGCAUAUGUAUGCUGAUUAUUUUAAUUACAUAUUUUGUAUAAAAAUACUAACACUGUUUGUCAAAUUAGUAGGUAAUUAUGUUUUUAAUGUUCUAAUACAGAAAUAUACAAUAUUUCACAUUUUCUCUCAGUGUGGUUUGAUCACUCUUUUGGUUUACUUCUAACUUAAUUUAAUUGGUGGCUAACUUGAAUUAAAUUAUAUUUAUUAACAUUAUAACAGAUUUCAAUUUAAGUUAAACUGAGUUAAAUGUAUCAUUAAUAUAACCAGCUUUGUUUAUUGGGUGGUUUCAAUUUGAAUUAUCUGAAUAUAAUAAUAUUAUGUAACUUUUGUGGUUUUCUGCAGUUACUGAAGUUUUUAAUGUCACCCUGAAUAACACUGAAGUUGAUAACAUCAAUAUGUAUUUAACUAACCCUGAUUUCCCAAAAGAGAUUAGUAAUGCUGGCGAGUAUUUGUUCCCUAUUAAAAAGUUCAAUAAAUAUGUCAGUCAGUUUCGAUUAGACUUUAUCAACUUCACUUUGGUAUAAAUUUGAUUAUUAUUAUUAUACGGCCUAAUUAAAUAUUUAUUUAAUAUUACAUUUUCAGGUGACGGCUGGUGUGAACUCAGGAUAUUGUGAUACAGACUCAUUCACUGUUACUGAAGGAGAGCCCAGAAAUUUCACAAUUUGUGGUUCCUAUGAUGGCAAACAUUGUAAGUACAUACACCAUUUCCCAAGUUAUGUAAAUAUUGUGUAUAUUUUACAAAUCGUUGGCACAACGGUGAUUCAUUUUCAGGGCCCUUAAUGUUAGGCAAUGUUAAUCAAUUAGUUACCUAAAUAAGAUUACGUAUAUUUUAGAUUCUAAGUGGAACGAAGAAGCUUAUAGUUUUACAAAGACUUUUAUUAUCCUAGGACAUCUUUCUUUUUCAAUAUAAUAAUCUAGAUUCUAAACUAUAUAGUAGAUAAUAAUAGUAGUAAAGUUGUAUUAAAUUUUAGAAAUAAUACUUGUUUCAUUUAGGUGCUGAUUUAAUUAAUUUAGAGUUUAGAUGGAUAAUACAAGAAUAUAAAUAUAAUAAAAUAUAUAAACAUACAUAUAAUGCAGCCACUGUUGUAGGUGAGCAGUAAGUAACUAGGGAAGGUAUGAUUCAAUGUAAAUAUGUACAUAAUAAUUAAUUAUUGUAAACGAAAAACAUAUUAUACAUUUUUUGAAAGCCCAUAAUAUUUAUGAUUUUCAUUAAAAUUUGAUAUUAAAAUUUUUACAAAAAAAAAUUCUACCUAAGUCAGUUUUAGAUUUUGAGUGCAGUGAAGAAGGUUAUGGUUUUACAAAGAUGUUUAUAAUUGUUUUUUUUUUUUCCUUUUUGUGGAUAAAUUUUUUACCAGAUAUCUUGCUCCGAUUUUUACAUGUAGCAACUUAUAUAAAAGGAAAUUGAUGUGGAGAAGUACGUUAAGUGGGUCAUUUUUCAAUUAUUGCAAGAGUUUUUUCAUCAAAUGUGAAAAACAGGGGAGUAAACCAAGAAAAACAUCAGUACAACAUUAAACAAAUUAAAGAAAAUAUGUAGAGCAUAUUUAAUUAUUUUAAUACAAUAUAGCAUAUAUAUUUUUGAAAAAGCAUUUUUAUCAAGUGAAUUCCGCUCAGAAUCGUUUUUUGUAAAUAAUGGUUUAUUGUUGCUUACAGGUAUACAUUAAUUUACCUACAACUGUGGCUGCACCCGUCCCUAUAAUUCUAGAACGUCUUUUUUUUUUUACUACAAAGUGCUACUUAUAAAUUAUAAUGAACCUAAUCUAACAAUUUUAUCCACGAGUACCUGCCAAAUAAAAAAACUCACAAAAUUAAAAAAAAUGUCCAUAAAUAGUUCAAAAAGGACUCAAAUUUGUUUUCAAAGUUUACCACAUCUAGUAUAUGUAUUGGCAAACUAAUAAUGUUUUUGGAUUUAAAAUUAAAUUUUUUUUAACAGCAAUAUAUAGAUAAGAUCAAAUAAUAAUAAAAAAAAGUUCUUACGAUGGCCAUUCUGAGCGGAGUUGGAUUGAUACAGUUGCUUUGUCAACAAUAUAUUACCAAAUAUUUUCGCAUACGUUCCUACCCUUAAUCCCUAUAGUUGCUCUUUUAUUUUUGAUUGUAAGUCAUAAAAUAUUAUUGUAUUGGUUUUAUACAUAGUAUACUACAAUAUCCACAACAACACAGAAGACAGCAUUAUGUUCAAAAUCAUUCUGGGCCAGGCCAACUUCAACCGGCUAUGAAAUAUCAGUGAGUAAAGUAGUGUCUCAUUGUAAUUAAUUUGUAUAUGCUACUAAAAUUACUGUUUUUCUCCUAUAGUUUACUCAGAUAGGUUCUAUGGAACAGACGCCAUCCAGGUGCAUUAAUUACCAUAAGGACACAGAAGGAACCUUGCAGAUGAUGGACUUUAAAGUUAAUGGUCAAUAUUUGGCGCACAAGAACUACUGGAUUUGUAUACAGCUGGUAAAGGGUAAGUGCUACCUGUUCUAGUAUUCAAAUUCCAAGUACCUAUUAUAAUAAUAGUUAUUGUUUAUAACAUUCUAAUUUUACAAAUUGCUUGAUUUUACAGAUGUAUGUUCAGUCCUUUAUCAGAAAUGUGAAAAGUAUUCCACUAAAAUCAAUCGGCCUGUAUUACCUGGUAAGUCCAGUUUAUGUUUCAAUAUCCAUUAUUAUAAUAUUGAUGUCUACAACAUUAUGUUUUUGGAGAAAUCCCUAUUCUUCCCCUCCUCUUCUGAGACAUUUAAUCUGUUUAUUCCCUUCUAUUUAACAGCUAAAACAUCUAAAAUAUCUGCCUGUUUAUGGGGAAGUCAGUUUUAAUGUCUCUAAUUUCUAGCUAAAUCAGUAUAAAUUCAGAAUUAACAAAGAUCGUUUAUAGUAGAUUUAAGAUUGUUUCAAAUCAUUUUGUUCUGCUAAGUACCUUGACUGUCCACAUUUUGGCGGCUGAGAAUAAUUGUUCCUUUAAUGUACCAAUCAUUAUUGUUAUAAUCAUGAACACUUCAGUGAUAAUAAAAGUAUGAUAAAAUUAGUCGCUUCUGUCCGAGUAUGCUGCAGAAUAUGGCUUGCAUAGGAGAUGCAAAACUUUUGUCUUUUGUUAGCCACAAUGAUAAAACUUAAGACCAAUUACUAUUUAAUAUUAUCUUAAGACCAGAUUUUUUUCUAAAUGAUAUAGUUGAAGUUUCAAACUUUUUAAUAUAUAUAUACAAUUAUAUUCUUCUUAUAUUUAAAGUCAUAGCACAAUUAAUUAAAUUUCAAAAAAAUGUAUAUUUUAUAGUCUAACAACACUUUACGAUUUAAUAUUAAUUCGUCUUUAUACUUUUGAUAAUUCAUCAAGUACAGCGCCUGUUGAAAUUUCUAUAUCCCGAUAAAUAUCUAACAUUACUAAACUAAUUUAAUCUAAUCUAGUUGUAUUUUGUACAUUAGGUUUUGAGACGGUGAAGAGUCAAAAAAGUUGUUUCGGGGGAGGCACUGGUAAAAUAAUAAGAAUGAAUAGAAGUUUUUGUACAAUAGAAAAUAUUUUUUCAUCAAAUACAUGUAAAGCUGAACGAGCAAUUUUAAGAUUUUCAUUAAUUUGACUUACUUACUUCCAUCAUAAUUUAAGUUCUCCGAUAUUUUCUUGUUUACUGCAGUUAACAAUCUUUUCAUUAUUUGAAUUCUAAAUUAUUUAUUUUUGGUGGAAAAAGACAUUAAAAACUUGACAAAAUUUGUUUAUCAUCUAACACUCAUCUGAUGUAAACAUUCUGUAUGUUAAGUAAAAUGCCUUUAAAGUUUGUUGUAAAAGUCAUCGCAGUUGAUUAAUCAAGGUUUUCUGUUUUUAAUAAACGACUCAAGAGAGAAGUUAUAACAAAAAACUUGGCUGAAGUACUUAGGAUUAUCUGGAAUUCAAUACUCUGGAUUGUGGAUAACAGUUGUAACGCUGUAGAACAAGUAGUUUUAUCUUCCCAUAAAGAAAUGGUUUUAAGAAAAAUUGUAAGAGCAUUUUGAAGUUCUAAGAAAAUAAAAACUAAUUCAUGAUUAAAUUUUAUUCAUAGUAACUAGUCACUUCAGUGUUUUUAGGUAGUAGGAAAACCAUAGUAGUGUUGAUAAUUUACCUACAUUUGUAAUAAUGUGUUAAUAUUAUCUGUGUUUAUCAGGUUAUCCAAAUAUCACCGUGAUAAGAAUGCCAUACACAAACGACGAUAAGAAACGCAAUCCUGAGGACUACCUUGGCCUAUGCUUCACAUAUAAACAACUAGUGUGUCUUCCUUGA